UAGCGGAUUAUCGAAUGUGUUCCAGACAAGUGCCACGAGCCGUGUGAUAUAAAUAAUAAAACCUACAAUAUAAAGUGAAUAAAAACUAAAGAAUAUCAGAGUGAUGACUAAAAUGUGGAGAACCGUGUGUGUGGUGCUUUUCUUGACGGCAACCUGCCAGGCAGGACCCCUCAGUUCUGGCCACCAGAAAAGAAAACACCCCGCGAUACGAGACGAGCCUACUACGCCUGCUGAGGUGGAAAUGCCAGAACAGACGGAAUCCGAGGUGGAGUCCAGUGCUCCCGCGGAAAGUGCUUCCCUGGGCACCCUCACCCUGCCCAGCAAUGCCACAUCCAUUAGGGCCGACAUCACGGACAACUUUUCGUGUGCCAACAAGUCGUAUGGCUACUACGCGGAUGUGGAGAACGAUUGCCAGAUCUUCCAUGUGUGCCUCCCAGUGACCUAUGCCGAUGGCAGGGAGAACACCUUCCGCUGGAGCUUCAUUUGCCCCGAGGACACCAUUUUCAGUCAGGAAUCCUUCACUUGCAUGCGUCGCGAGGACAUGACCAUCGAGUGCUCCGACAGCUCUCGGUACUACGAACUGAAUGGCAACUUCGGUGGCGCUGUGGAGGAGGAAAAGCCCACUCCUGCUGAGAGUGAGCAGCCAGAAAAGGAGGAAACGGAAGAGGCGGAACCGGAAGAGCCCGCCCCUGCUCCUGUGGAGCCUGCCAAGCCUGUGAAACCAGUGAAGACGCAAAAGCCCAAGCCCCAGCGCAGGAAGCCUCAACGAAAAGUUGCAGUGACUGCCGCUCCGGAAGUGGAAUCGCAGCCAGAGCCUGUGGCACCUGUUGAAGUGGAGCCCAAGCCAGUAAAGCCUCAACGGUUCACCGUCAGACCCAACAAGGAUAACAAGCCCAAGCCUGCUAUAGCAGCUCCUCCAAUGAGGAAUGAGCUUUUCAACGGAAUCCGCAAACGUCCUGCCAUCUUCAACAAGCCAACCACCACCCCCAAACCCGUAGAGGAAGUUGUGGACUCUGAGCCUGUAGCAGUCACCGAGGCUGUGGUGCAACUUAGUGAGCCCCAACCCACACUCAAGCUCCAGACCAUGUUCGCGGAACCAGUGGUGAUUCCCGUGGAGGUCCAAGAGCCGGAGGUUCAGGCAUCUGAGCCUGCGGUGUCCUUUGUUCAGCCUGAAGUUGUUCCCGAGGAACUAGCUCCCACAAAGAUCGAGAUCGACACCAAAAUUGAUGACAUAAAGCCCAUCGAAGCCAUUGAGGAGAUCCCUGCCGUCAUUGUGGAAUCUUUGGAUCAACAAACGCCACUGGAAACCGAAAAGGAGCCGAUGGGGGAGCAGGAAGAAAUCAAGCCUGAGGAAGGACCAAAGCAGGAGGAAGAAAUCAAACCUGAAGAGGAAGUCAAGCAGGAGGAAGAAAUCAAGCCAGAGGAAGAAACAAAACCCGAAGAAGACAUCAAGCCUGAAGAACCAGAAGUUCCAGCCAAAGUUGAAGAAAUCUCAGUCCCUGUAGCUCAGGAAACUCCUGCCAAUCCUGCCAUCGUGGAAACCAGCAACUCCAACGAAGAAUCCAACAUAGAAUCCCUGGAGGCUGCCAAGCCCGCUGAUGCGCCCGAAAGUAUGCCCGCCACUCCUGGAAUGGAGGAGCACAGCCCUCUGGUAGAGCAGGUCCUCGAUUUGGAUAAGAUCCCUGAGGGCGGAGAGACCCAAGAGUCGCUUGGAGGCUUCAAGCCUGUGGAUCCUGCCAUGGCCGCUGAGGCCGAGCAGCUGAUCACCGACUUUCUGAACACCCUGAGGAAGAACGAAGAGAAACCAGAGACUGACAUGGCUGAAAAGGUGCAACCAGUCGACGCUAACGCCGAAGAUGUGUCCAUCGAGGAGGCCAAGUUGCCAGAGCCCGAGAUUGUGGACAAGAAUGCCUCGAUCGAAGAGCAGAUUCUUGAGGAAUCAGAGACUCAGAAGUCGGACAAACCGGUGAUGAUGAAGGAUUCUCCCAUCAUUAAUAUUAUGCAGUUGAAUCACCUUCCCAUGGACUACCAAAUACCAGUCCAAGUGAUUCCAGUUGAGGCACAGCCUGCUCCUGAGCAACCAGAGGUGUCUGGACAGUCGGAAGAAGCUGAAAAAAUCGCUGCCGAGGAAGCUACUCCAGAGGAUGUCAAGGAAACAGCUGCUGAGGAAAUCAAAGAGGAGGUCGUCGAAAGCUCUCCCGAAGUGGCGGAGGAGUCUGCCGCAGAGGAUGUCAAAGAACCUAUUCCUGAAGAAAGCAAUAAUGAGGAUGACCAAUCCCAUGUCGAUGCCCAGGAUAAUCUAGUCACCGCCGCCUACAUGCCCUCCAUCAGCAUCGAUGAUAUUGUGGAGCUGGUCAAAGAGCGUCUGGAUCAGACGCCCAAGAAGGAACAGAUGGCUCCCAUGGAGCUGAUUCUUACACCGGGCGCUGCGGCUCCCUUGACCCUGGUGCAGGCCAAUACCGCUCAGGAAAACCAGGCGACAAGCGAAGCGGAAACCCUGCCCGAGGAGGAGAAACCCAUUCUGCCCAUUUACAGUCGCAUCACAGCAGCCGAACCAGCCAUGUCCAAGGUUCAAACACUGCCGGUGACUGCGGCCAAGGUGGAAACGGAUGAGACUGAGUCCCAACCGGAGGUUAGAGAACCCAAAGCCAAGGCCAAGAUGGAUGCCCGGAAGCGGCGUUUCCUGUUCCGUGCCGAUGCCAGUUAGAUAGAGACCGACAAUGAGAGAGAAAGAUAGAUAGAUGGACAGAUAGCCAUCCUGGGGAGGAUCACCCUCCACCCACUUAGCCCAAAACCGGAACCGGAAUCCCCGUUCACCUCCUAGUUCCCAAAUAAACAAACGCUAUCCCACUCAUUUGCAAUUUAGGCAAGUUUUUAAAUUAAUUUUUUGAUUUCCUAGUUUUAUGGCCAUUUCUGAAAAAAAAACGAAAAAACGCGAGCACGAGAGUUGAAAUUUAAGUUUAGAAUUGUUGUUCCCAGGAGUUGA